AUGUUGCGCGCUACCUCUCGCUUACUCGCCUGCCGCAUCACCUUCUUCACCCGAACCCCAUGCAGCCUUUGUGACGAUGCAAAAGCGGUUGUUCAUAAUGUAAAGGCAAAGCGGCCGCUCGAGUACCACGAGAUCAAUGUCAUGGAACAGGGCCAGGACAAGUGGAAAGGCUUGUACGAGUUUGAUACUCCGGUGAUCCACAUUGACAAGGCUGGAUCCCAAGAAACUUCAGCGUCAUCGCUUAAACUCAUGCAUCGCUUCAAGGAAGGAGAUGUGAUGAAACUGAUGGAUCAGGCUGAGCGAGCUUGA